GUUAGAUUUUCCCCGCACAAAAAACCCCACACAAAAAUGAUGAAACUAUCCUCUGACCAAUAAACACUCUCUUCGUCUCUGAUUCACUCACUGUCUCACCACCUUCCACCACCGCGUCCGACACCACCUCACCGCCGCAGCAGCACUUUCGACGGAAACAACAGCAUUGCAAUGUCUUUUCAGUGUAUAAGUUGCAAGCAAUUGAGAAGUGUUGUAGCAUUUCAAAGGAAGAGUGGAUAUUCAAAACUUUUCAACAGAAAAAUGAGGUGUUGUAAUUUUCUCCCUUUUAGAUUUUCGAAAAUGUGUUACCGGACAACACAUAAAUGUACAGAUAAGAAGUUUGUGGAAAUAGACCAACAUGGUGUAAAUAGUGGGUUAAAGUCACGUAAGAAGGUAUUUGCUCUUAUGGAUCAUAACAUCCCUGGCCUAAUUGGAAAUAGAAGCGGUGAAAUGGAAUCUAAAAUGAAUCUGAAAGAUGGAGUAGAUGAUUUUGACAUCUCCUUGAUAUGUAAGAUGUUUCCAUCAAUUACUUUUGGUAGUGCCCCUAAAGUGGAUUUGUAUGAUGGGACCACAACAUGUUCUGAAACAAAUAGCAUUUCGGCAACCAAAGAUUUUGAACAGCAUUUAUAUGAUUUUUCAGAGGUAAGGGAGGUGCAAAAUACUGUCUCUGAAGCAUUGCCUUCUUUGCAUGUUAAUCACACUAGUGUAACAUCUUUGGCUUUAAGAAAAGAUGAUUCUUUUCCUUGUCCUGUAAGCCCUCAAUCAGUAUCUUCAAUAUAUGAAGAAAAAUUGGAUCAAGUUACUAGGGAGGAUUCUCCAAAGAAAGCUGGGCUGCCGUCACAAUCAAACCUUACACUUAAUGAGUUAUUUCUCGACAAAUCUGUUAAAUGCUUACCUGGAUUAACCAAGAAGCAAUACGAGCAACUAGAUAACUGUGGGCUUCACACGUUACGGAAAUUGCUGCACCAUUUUCCACGAUCAUAUGCCAAUCUACAGAAUGCACAUGCUAAAAUUGAUGAUGGGCAGUAUUUGAUCUUUGUUGGACAAGUCUUAUCUUCAAGGGGUGUUAAAGCUAGUUGUUCAUUUUCAUUUCUUGAGGUGAUUGUUAGUUGUCAGAUUUUAGAUGAGGAAUCAGCUAUUGAGCGUGUCACCGGAAAAGUUGGGCAAAAGAAGACAAUUUAUUUGCAUUUGAAGAGAUUUUUCCGUGGCACACGUUUUACUUUUAAACCUUUCCUUAAUAGUAUUGCAAACAAGUAUCAAGUGGGAGGUAUAGCAUGUGUGAGUGGCAAGGUUAGGACUAUGUAUGCUAAAGACCACUACGAGAUGAGAGAAUAUAAUAUUGAUGUGCUUGAAGAUGGAAAAGAUUCAUCCCUUUGUGCUAAAGAGAGACCAUAUUGUAUCUACCCUUCAAAAGGGGGUAUAAAGCCAGCAUUUCUUCGGGACAUUAUUGCAAGAGCUUUACAUGUCUUGCCUGUCAAUGUUGAUCCAAUUCCUAAAGAUAUCACAGAGGAGUUUGGACUCUUAACUCUUCAUGAUGCAUAUUUUGGAAUUCACAAACCAAAGGAUAUUAGUGACGCUGAUCUGGCCCGCAAGCGACUUAUAUUUGAUGAAUUUUUUUACCUGCAGUUAGGACGAUUAUUCCAAAUGCUCGAAGGUCUUGGUACACAAAUAGAAAAAGAUGGAUUGCUAGAUAAGUGUAAAAGACCAGAAAAUAACACCGUGUGUACAGAGGAAUGGUCCUGUCUCACCAAGAAGGUUUUGGAUCUCCUUCCCUAUACUCUUACUCCUGGUCAACAGCAAGCUAUUUCAGAAAUUAUUUGGGAUUUAAAAAGGCCAGUUCCAAUGAAUCGGCUACUGCAGGGUGAUGUUGGAUGUGGGAAAACUAUUGUUGCUUUUCUUGCAUGCAUGGAGGUUAUUGGCUCUGGCUAUCAGGCUGCUUUCAUGGUUCCAACUGAGUUGCUUGCAAUCCAGCAUUAUGAACACUUGCUGACCUUGCUUGAAACCUUGGACGAGGUCAAGUUCAAGCCGACUGUUGCUUUACUCACUGGUUCAACCCCACUAAAACAAUCGCGGAUUAUUCGCAAUGGUAUCCAGACCGGAGAAAUUUCAAUGGUCAUUGGAACCCACAGUUUGAUAGCAGCAAGUGUGGAGUUCUCAGCCUUACGUAUUGCUGUGGUGGAUGAGCAGCAUCGCUUUGGUGUGAUUCAAAGAGGAAGAUUUAACAGUAAGUUGUUUUAUAAAUCUUCAAUUCCGAGUAUGGAAGAUGCUAUUACAGACGGGUCCUCAAAGAGUGAUGACUAUAUGGCUCCUCAUGUUCUUGCCAUGUCUGCUACUCCCAUCCCAAGGUCACUUGCGCUUGCUUUAUAUGGUGAUAUGUCACUGACACAGAUAACCGACUUACCACCAGGAAGAAUUCCUGUUCAAACAUAUACCAUUGAAGGAAGUGACGAAGGAUUCGAGGAUGUCUACAAGAUGAUGAUGGAUGAGUUGGAAGAUGGGGGAAAAGUUUAUCUUGUCUACCCAAUUAUUGAACUUUCGGAGCAGUUACCUCAGCUCCGUGCUGCUUCUGCAGAUCUCGAAGUUAUCUCAAACCGGUUUCCAGGAUACAAUUGUGGCUUAUUACAUGGGAGAAUGAAAAGUGAUGAAAAAGAAGAAACAUUAGGGAAGUUCAGAACUGGAGAAUUGAAUAUACUACUUGCCACUCAAGUAAUUGAAAUUGGUGUUGAUGUUCCAGAUGCAUCAAUGAUGGUUGUAAUGAAUUCUGAGAGGUUUGGAAUGGCCCAAUUACACCAACUCAGGGGCCGAGUUGGACGAGGAACAAGGCUAUCAAAAUGUAUAUUGAUAGCAUCAACUGUCACUGCCCUUAAUCGUCUGAAAAUAUUGGAGCAAUCAUCAGAUGGCUUUCAUCUCGCUAAUAUGGACCUAUUAUUACGUGGACCUGGUGACUUGCUUGGCAAGAAACAAUCUGGACAUCUUCCCGAGUUUCCCAUUACCAGAUUGGAAGUGGAUGGGAAUAUUUUACAAGACGCACACGUUGCUGCACUGAAAAUAUUAAGUGCUUCCCAUGAUCUGGAGCAAUUUCCUGCACUUAAACUGGAGCUUGGCAUGAGACAGCCGCUUUGCCUACUAGGUGAUUGAUGAAGUCUUGAUGAGAGUUAGUGUUCAUUGUAAUAAUUUCAUAAUGUAAAUAAUCUGAUAGGCUCUUCUUUAGUUAUGUAGACGCGAUUUAGCCUUUAGGCUGAUGUUUAUAUUCCUCGUAUACAUUGGUAGUAGUGGCAAUCCUGAGCAUGUUCUCAAGGUUUGAUCGAACAUAGCCUCAUUUUUAUGGGCACCAAAUUUUUUGCUUGCCUCUUGAUAGAAAAUUUAAGUUAUAGCAUAUAUGAUGAAGUUUAUCAAUUGUUUAACAUUGGAAACUUCAUUAUUUGAUAAUGACUUGAAAUUAUGUUGCAAA